UUUUUGCUCGUCGUCUUCAAUAAUCCAAGGACCUUGCAGAUUGAGAAAUUCUCAUUUUAGUACUGUGGGAAUGUUUCCGGCUGUCAAUUAGAUUUGAUUGGCUGCGGAGUGAGCCGACCAGCGAGUUUCUUCUGGGUUGUGUCGAUACCCAUCCUGAAUCAAUCAACAACAACUCGACGACGCUUGAAGGAAUGGCUGGAGAGCUUGAUAAAGCCAAGGAAAUGGAGGAAUCCUCAGAUUUGCCUACAAAAGAGAAGAAGGACAAUGAGACAACAUCAAAGAAGAAACAAAGAGGUUUUCUAUCUCGAUUAUGGAAUGGGAUAUUCGGGUUACAUAGUGAUAAUAUUGAGAAGAGGCUGCAGCAUAUAUCGAAGGAAGAAGCUACUAUUCUGGCUAGAAUGAGGAAAAGAUCCCAAGGAUGGAGGAGAGCUGCAAGACAUCUCAUUGUAUUCUGUGUGAUUUUGGAGGUUAUUGCAGUGGCCUAUGCUAUCAUGACAACAAGAUCAGUGGUCUUGAACUGGAAAUUGAGAGCAUUCAGAGUACUGCCGAUGUUUCUUUUGCCUGUUUUGUCUUCCAUCAUGUAUUCGGGCAUAUCAAGAUUCAUAAAGAUGUGUGAUCAGAAAGACCAGAAAAGUGUGGAGAAGCUUAGGGAAGAAAGGCAAUCCAAGAUUGAUGAGCUUAAAGAGAAGACAAAUUAUUACAUCACUCAACAACUUAUUCAGAGAUACGACACUGAUCCAGCUGCAAAAGCAGCUGCUGCAGCUGUUCUCGCAUCUAAGUUGGGUGCAGAGUCUGGCAUGAAAGUGUAUUUAGGAGAUGAAGGUGAGCUUAAUCUCCCGUCAGGGAAGAGUAACGAUGUAGAGCUUGUACAAUCAAGUGGUUUACGCAAUAGGAGAUCAGUGCCGUACAAAUCCCAUAGCACAGGGAGCACAAUGUUGCAGAGUCUUCAGGAGGAAGAAGGUCUCCACCAUGGAGAAGAAAGGGGUUCUGAAAUAUCUAGCCAAAGUCAGCUGGUUGUUGAACAUUAUUCGGGUAAAACAAAGUAUAACAAUGGUUGGAUUGCUCGAAUUGCAGCAUUGCUAGUUGGGGAAGAUCCUGCACAAUCUUAUGCUCUUAUAUGCGGAAACUGCCAUAUGCACAACGGUCUUGCAAGGAAAGAAGACUAUCCAUACAUGACUUACUAUUGCCCACACUGUCAUGCCCUGAACAAAUCAAAGCAAGAAGAUGGGCUGUCUGCUCCGAACUCUCCAAAGGCCUUGAAUAACAACAACCUUAGUUCCAUGGGCGAACCGACACCUGUCAGUAGUCUGCCUGAACCUGCAAAAGCAUCAGAAGAGAUUGUCUCGGAAAUUGAGAAGGACGAAACCAUUAUUGAUCCCCCUCUCGACAGGUAAAAGUGCUGUUUCAGGAGUCAAAAGAAGCUUGCUAUUGUUCUUCCUCUACAUUUGCUGGCAACAUUGUGGAUUUGUUUGUGUUUGGGCUUGUAAAAGUUUUUAGAGUGAGAUAUGUGCAAUAUAUAUAUAUAUAUAUAUAACACAUACAUAUAUAUUAUAUAUUAGGUCAAAUGGCAGUUGAUAACUUUAAAAAAUGUCUGUUUCGUCAGUCACUUCUGCAUUGAAGAUCCAAUUUUGCUUCA